AAGAGCAGACCACCCUCCUCCGCCCGACAGACGGCAUGCAGGGCUUCGAGAUCUCGGCAAACGAGUCGGCCGUCUCCACCCGCGAGAACGUCGGUCGCCCCAUCUACCUCGACGCCCAGGCCACCACCCCGAUGGACCCGCGCGUGCUCGACGCCAUGCUCCCCUACGAGACCAACGCCUGGGGCAACCCGCACUCCAAGACGCACUCGUUCGGCUGGGAGGCAGAGAAGGCUGUCGACGAGGCGCGUGCGCACGUCGCCAACCUGAUCGGCGCCAACCCCAAGGACAUCGUCUUUACGUCGGGCGCGACCGAGGCCAACAACACGGCCGUCAAGGGCAUCGCGCGCUUCUACAAGGGCAAGAAGAAGCACAUCAUCACGACGCAGACCGAGCACAAGUGUGUCCUCGACUCGUGCCGCGUCCUCCAGGACGAGGGUUUCGACGUGACGUACCUCCCCGUCGGCCAGAACGGCGUCGUCGACCUCACCCUCCUCGAGCAGUCGAUCCGCCCCGACACGUGCCUCGUGUCCAUCAUGAUGGUCAACAACGAGAUCGGCACGAUCCAGCCCAUCAAGGAGAUUGGCGCCAUCGUCAAGAAGCACAAGGGCGUCUUCUUCCACACCGACGCCGCUCAGGCCGUUGGCAAGAUCCCCGUCGACGUCGACGCCAUGGGCAUCGACGUCCUGUCCAUCUCGGCCCACAAGCUGUACGGCCCCAAGGGCAUCGGCGCCUUGUACGUGCGCCGCAAGCCCCGUGUCCGCCUCGAGCCCAUCAUCUCGGGCGGCGGCCAGGAGCGCGGCCUGCGCUCGGGCACCGUGCCGGCGCCGCUCGUCGUCGGGUUCGGAGAGGCGUGCAGGCUCGCCAAGCGCGAGAUGCAGGCCGACCACAAGCACAUCCGCACGCUCGCCGACCGGCUGUACCACGGCAUCACCAAGGAGUGCGAGCGCGUCGUGCGCAACGGCGACGUCGAGGGGUACCCGGGCUGCACCAACCUGUCGUUCACGGCGGUCGAGGGAGAGUCUCUCCUCAUGAGCAUCAAGGACAUUGCCGUCUCGUCCGGCUCGGCGUGCACCUCUGCGUCGCUCGAGCCGUCGUAUGUCCUGCGCGCGCUCGGCGCCGAGGACGACAUGGCCCACUCGUCGAUCCGGUUCGGCAUCGGCCGCUUCACGACCGAGGAGGAGGUCGACUACGUCGUCGACAAGGUCACGUCGAGCGUCAAGCGCCUGCGCGACCUGAGCCCGCUGUGGGAGAUGCUCGAGGAGGGCAUCGACCUCAAGACGAUCAACUGGACCGAGGGCUCGCACUGAGCGGUGUCGACCGAGUGGGAGGGAGCAUGUACUUUUGUCUGUGCAAGUCUGGGCGUGUUCACGAGCG